UGGCGAAAUUAUAACCAAAAGAGAAAGAAUUUGAAAAACUUCUCCUAGUUGGUAGUUGAUUUUCCGCUCUUAUGUAAAUGAUAAAUUAUUUACACGUGCAUUAGUUGAUUCCGAAAUAUAUCAGUGUGGAGAGCAUGCAACAAUACUUUAACUUUCUACUGGACUGGUUUAACCAUCAUGCAACACCUGCUCAGCUUUACUUAACUCUCAACACUGGACACAAGCUAAACUUGAUACUCUACUGAUGCUGGACAUUUGGCGUUAAAAACUUCUAUCAAGCAAACUGGAAGAUUUCUCUAAGAGAAAAUAAAACUCGUUCUUCAUCUAAUUCUCUAGAACCUUAUAUAUAAAAGAGUUCUAUGCGCGGUUAUGCAUAAAGCUUUUCUAUCCAUAGAGAAACCAUCCUAUGCAUAGCACAGGACUUUCCGUUACCAAAAUGCGCCCCACACUAUACAUAAUGCAAUCUAAACCGUAACGGCUAAUUAUGCAUAAUUCAACUGUUCCAUUUUGCGGAACUGUGCGCACAGGGCUGAUAGUAUAAAAACCUAUAAACUGCCCUCAUUCGAACAAAUAAGGCAUAAUAGGCAGAGGUUGACUGAUUUGAAAUAGUGCUAGUAUCUGCUAGAGUAUUCAUAUAUUAGGGUUACUAAUGAAGAAGAUGCAGAGAUGUAAAACAGAGUUAUGAUAAACGUUCUUUUACCGGCUAACGCAUCCAAGAGCGCUGCCGCGUGAAUUGUCCAAUUCUUUCUAGAAUCAUCGAAUUCUGCAGAUGGGAGUGCGACAGAACCGUCAUCGCGCCAACAAAUCAGCAAUACCAAUGGAUUAAGCGGGACCAUUUUAACAUCUACAGUAAUAGGAUCAUCGAAUUCUGCAGCUGGGAGUGCGACAGAAGCGUCAUGUAAGCCGAAUGGAAGUGGUGAACAUCCAGCCUUAACGUCUUUUGUUUUGUUAAAGCGCGCCAAAAAACCAGCAAUACCAAUGGAUUAA